AACCCCCCGGCGGCUCCGCAUCGCCAUCCGCGGUCUCGUCUCAAUCUUCUUCGCGCUCCCCUGGAAACCGACCUCGCGCGCCAGCGAUGGCUGCUCCCGGUGCCGCCACCUCACCCCCGCGCGCCCUGCCGCCGCUGCUGCUCGCCCUCCUCCUGCUGGCGCUCGCUCCCUGCUCUUCGGCGGCCGGGCGCCGGGCGUGCACGUACACGCUCCGGGUGAAGACUUCGUGCGCGUCGCCGGCGCGGACGUCCGACGCCGUGAGCGUCGCGUUCGGGGACGCGUACCGCAACGAGGUCCACGCGCCGCGGCUCCCCACCGCCGCCGGCACCGGCCCAGGUGGGAGCCGGGCGCUGGAGCGGUGCGGCACCGACACGUUCCGCGUGGCGGGGCCCUGCGGCUACGGCGUCUGCUACCUCUACCUCCGCCGCUCCGGCCGCGACGGCUGGGCGCCCGAGUGGGUGCAGGUCGUCCAGCCCGGGCCACGCAGCGGCGACGCGCCGGCCACGGCCACCUUCUACUUCGGCGACCCGCUGCCCGACGGCGUCUGGUACGGCCACGACCGGUGCCCCAAGUCCAAGGCCUCCACCGACGACGACCACCCGGCGACCACCACCGGUGCGCCGCGCGCCAGCAACUCCUCGGCUCCGCCUCAGGAAUGAUGAUGAAACCGAACCGCCGGGGAAUUUUAAGCGGAGCUGCACGACCAUUCUCGAGCCUCGGUGUGUAGUUAGUCCAUGGAUGUGUUGGGAUUUGGAUUAUUGGUGCAUCGUAUAGCUGGGCCUUUGUUUGUUUGUGUGGAUCAAUAAGCGCCAACUAUUUGAUGAAUAAUCUCGCUCUUUCGUUUCCAAAAAAAAAGAGAGAGAGAGAAUAAUCUCGCUCCCCGUUCGCGUAAA